AAAUAUUUAACCAAUUCGUAAUGAUUGCAAAACAAUAAUAAUAUUUUGAUCAUUCGACAAUUUAAACUUAAAAACUCUCUAAAAACGAAUUGUAAAACCAACAAAAGUUGAUAUAAAAAAAAGAAUAAUUACAAUAUUUGGCAGAUUCGUCGCGAAUGGUACAUAAAUCUAUGAUGAAUGCUUAGAUCUAAGACAAAUUGAACAGAAAAUAUAUAUAUAUAUAUAUACAAGAUAUAAAAGUUUAAAGAGAACAGCAGCAAUGUCGUAAAAAUAACAGAUAAAAAUAUAUCUUAAGAAAAUGAGUAUAUAUAUAGACUAUAUAUACACGCAUAUGUGUAUCUGAUAAAUGAGAAAUCGCUAAAACUGAUAAACUUAAACCUAAGUAAAAUUAAAAAGAAAAUACAAAACACGGAAAGAAAUGGAACUAAUAAAGAGAAUUAUUCUGAGAAAUAUAAAAAUGUGCGUUUUACUAGAAGGGGGGAUAUUGUGGAGAUCACCUGAUCUUGUUUAGCAUUUGGGCAUUGACUUUAAUUUUAUUCAAUAAGAGCUAAUGGAAGCGAUCAACAAAUUAAAGCAGUUGCUAAUGCAUCCCUCGGCAAAUGCAAUAAAAUGUUUUCUUGAUAAGGAGCUCGAGGGGAUCCAAUCUUGACGAUUGUAAAUGUUUAUCUCUUGUUCGUAAACUCCACAAUAAACCCGAUUCUGAGCUCUAUAAGAUCAGUUCUCCACGGGCUUUCGAGGCGAUAGCAUCGUAUUCGGAGUUCUUAAAAAAUAAAAACAUUUAUUAAAAAUUCAUAACUUGACCCACUUUGCAAACAUGUCAACAGUACAGACCGUUCUGGGGUCUAUUACCCCCAACCUUUUGGGGCGUACUUUGACCCACGAGCAUGUGGCUCUCGAUUUCGAGCACUUUUACCGUCCACCUCCUCCAGACUUUGAGAGUGAACUGAAAGCCAAGAUCAGUAUGUCCACUCUCGGCUAUGUGCGAUUGUAUCCCUAUUCCAGCAAGGAAAACGUUCGUUUCUACGACGAGGAGGCUCUGGAGGCGGCCAAAAAGGAUAUUCUUCUGUACAAAAAGCACGGUGGUGGCAGUAUUGUGGAAAACAGCAGCUACGGUCUAAAGCGCAACCUGGAAUUCAUUGUGGAGCUGGCCAAGAGCACUGGUGUGCAUUUUAUUGCCGGAACUGGACACUACAUCCAUGCCAUGCAGGAUGCUAGACAUGCCAGCUUAACUGUGGAGCAAUUAAGUGAUUUGUACUCCAAGGAUAUUAUUACCGGCCUAGAGGUCAACGGAAAGAUGGUCAAGUGUGGGUUCAUUGGCGAGGUGGCCAGUGUUUAUCCCAUUCAUGAUUUUGAGAAACAUUGCAUUAAGGCUGCUGGAGAGAUUCAAGAAGUACUGGGCUGUGGGGUUUCCAUGCAUCCACAUCGCGUCUCCAAAGCUCCCUUCGAGAUCAUGAGACUGUAUCUGGAGGCGGGUGGACGUGCUGACAAAUGUGUGAUGUCUCACUUGGAUCGCACUAUUUUCGACGUUGAUGAGCUGCUGGAGUUUGCCAAGCUGGGCUGCUAUAUCCAGUAUGAUCUCUUUGGCACCGAAUGCUCCUUCUAUCAGCUCAAUACCAGCGUGGACAUGAUCUCCGAUGGACAGCGCAUCGACAAUCUAAUGAAGCUAAUCAAUGAGGGACUGGUGGACAAGGUGCUCAUGUCCCACGACAUUCACACAAAACAUCGAUUGACAUCCUAUGGCGGUCAUGGCUAUCAUCACAUCUACACCAACAUCCUACCACGGAUGUUUGCUCGCGGAGCCACUGUGGAGCAAGUGGAGCAAAUGACGGUGACCAACCCGGCCAAUUGGCUGGCCUUUAAUCCCUAGAUCCUUUUUUGUUGUUUUGGUUCUGGCAUCUCUUAUCAAUUGUUUUACCACGGAUUAGAUAAGGCUUGUUAUUUUGGCAAUAAUUAGAGGGUCUACCUACAUACACAUUGACACCUUAUCGCUGUGUUUAUUACCCCAAAGACAACAUUUUGGGGGCUCGUGCGGGAUGUUCCAAAGUUCU